AUGCCACCGCCACGUCCAGAGGCGGAGAACCCGCCUGAUGUCUUCUACAACGAGACGGGGGCCGCACGGUACACGAGCAGUACACGUGUGCAGUUGGUGCAGCGGGCGAUGACGCUGCGGGCACUUGAGUUGAUUGACAUUCCCGCCGGCCGUCCGGCGCUGCUGCUCGAUGUUGGCUGCGGCAGCGGUCUCAGUGGGGAGGUGCUGCGCGAGGCGGGGCACACGUGGUUUGGCGUCGAUAUUAGCAACGACAUGCUCUUGCUCGCCAAGGCGUCGGAGCGGGAGGAUGCGGCACGUGAUGAUGAUAAUAAUAAUGAUGAGCAGAAUACAGAGAAGGGAAAGAAGCAGGAGGAUCUACGCAACGUGAAGUGGGGUCUCAUUACACCGAGUGAUGAGGAGGAAGAGAGUGAUGAGGAGGAGGAGGAUGAAGAGGAUGAUGAGAUGCGAGUGGCUGCGGGUCCGUCGAUGGUGGAGGUGCUGCGGGGGGACAUGGGCCAAGGCCUGCCGUUCCGCCCGGGCUCCUUCGACGGCGCCGUCUCCAUCUCCGCCCUGCAGUGGCUCUGCCAGAGUGACUCCCGCGGACACGUCCCGCAGCGCCGGCUACGGGCUCUCUUUCAAUGUCUCUACAACGCACUCCGCCGCGGGGCAAAGGCCGCCCUGCAGUUCUACCCAAGUCACGUGGAUCAAGUACACAUGAUCACACGCGCCGCCAUGCUUUGCGGUUUCACGGGUGGUGUUGUUGUGGACUUUCCGCACAGUACAAAGGCGAAGAAACAUUAUCUGGUGGUGCAAGCAGGCAAAGUUGCGGGUGGUUUUCUCCCACCACCACCCCUUGCCAUAAAUAACAGCGAUGAUGAGGAAGAGGAGGAUGAGGAAAUGGAUGGCGAGAUCAGCAGUAAUGAUAAUGAUGAUGAGGCAAACAUCCAAACAAGGGCUCGCGUGGGUGGACGAGUACAACAAAAACGAUCACGAUCACACACUGGUGGAUCAGAGUGCAAAAGACGCCGCAAGGACAACCGACCGGUUACUGGCUCAAGGGAUUGGGUCCUCCUCAAGAAGGAAGAGCGACGUAAGUUUGGCCUCAAGACAACUGCUGAUUCCAAAUACACCAUGCGCAAACGUCGUCCACGCUUUUAG